UAUAGGCAUGUUAUCUUACCGUUGCAGAUAGCUAGAUGGAUACCACACUCUGACCUCCUCACCGAAAGAGAAUGGCGUUCGCUUGGAAUCAGACAAUCAAGAGGAUGGGAACAUUAUAUGGUUCAUGCACCAGAACCUCAUAUAUUACUCUUUAGAAGAGAGAAA